AUGUAUCGUGACGGUACACGCAACAUACGGGCCCGUUCCUCACGGGAUAUGCCUCCUCUCUCUAUACCCAAGAAGCGCAAGCCGAAAAUGCCCAAGGAGCCUUCGCGAUUUCUCGCUUGUCCCGUCGAGAUCCAGCUUCAAGUCCUAGAAUCUGUGCCCAAAGUGGGUCUCGUUGCUUUGUCGCGAGUCAACAAGCAGCUCGCCAGCAUCGCCCAGCCUGCUCUUCAUAGAGAUGUCGAUGUCAAUUGCCCUAGCCUCAAUCCCGGAUGGCGCUCCAUCCCGCUGGUCCUUGUCUUACGAACUCUUCUGUGGCGGCCUGACCUGGCUCAAGCUGUUCAGCAUCUGCGUUUCGAUGGAUAUGACUUUGUCGAGAGGGAGCUUAAUGAACUUCCGACCACGCCAAUCUUCCACCUCACAGAUGAAGACAAGUUGAGGGCAGUCCAGUUCAUCAAGGCUUUAGAUCUCUACCAGGGGUUAGACUGGGCUCACGCUUUCUUGAAGGGCCAGAUUGACUCUCUCGUCAGUCUCGUCGUGGCACUUACUCCAAAUGUCAGAAGCCUUUAUCUUGGCGAAUUUUUCUCUAUUGAAAUAUGCUAUCUCCGGCUGUUGCUGAGGCCAGAGAGCUACAACAACCCAAGAGGCAGCAACGUGCAUAAAUUCGAGCAUCUCCGCCAUGUUACUGUCGACAACCAUUGUGCGACGUACCACCACAUCCAUUUCAGCUUCAACAACAUCUACCAAAGCUUCUUUCAUCUUCGUAUGCUUGAGAAUCUUUCCAUCUCAGGCAGCUUUCCCGAGGCAUCACGACCCUUCACCAUCACGGCGAAGUUGGAACAUCUUAGAUGUCUGAACCUGAAGCGAAUCAGUGAAGAGGAACUUGGGCGAAUUCUUUCCCUCGCACCCAAUCUCGAUGAUCUGAAGUAUACCUAUGGCUGCUAUCCAUUGGCAGAUCUUUUUUCCACCAACUCCCAGAGACUGGAUGUCGCCACACUAGGUGAUUCACUGAAAAGCCAUCGAUUGAAACUCAAAAGCCUACAGCUCCUCGUUGUUGACAACAUUAACGUCCUGGAUGAAGGGCUAGAUCCACUCUGGCCAUUAGCCCUGCAGGGCUCGCCUCUCAAGCUACACGACUUCUCAAAUCUCCGCAUUCUCACUGUCCCAUGGAUCCUCAUCGCUGGCCUAUCGAAGAGGGAGCACCCUUCGCCGCUGCGCUACCUCAUCCCAAAGUAUGUCGAGCGGCUGACCUUGACAGACGAUUUGUACCAACAGCCGUACUGGGGCUGGAGUGGCAAGGAGAUCCAGGCCUUGUUGGAAGAGUAUUUGUACGAUGUGAAGGAAACGAAGCUUGCCCUUGCUGCGAUGUUGCUUGUGGGACCGAUCCUGUCAAAGAUGUACAAAAAUGACAAGUUCCAUUCGGCGAGACGGCUUGCUCGUUCUGCGAGUGUCGAUCUUAAAGCAGUCGAGACGACUAUACCUGAGAGUGACGUGCUGCGUGGUGCAGAGGAGCGCGCACGUCGCUAUGGGCAGCUCCGAGAACCAGUACGAGCAGAGGUGUUUGACUUGUUGGAUAGAUGGUAA